ACCCGCCGGGACCGGCUGGAGACGUGACGUGCCUGGCCUCCGGGGGCCGCUGCUUCUCCUCUUCCCGCCGACGGUCCUCGAGUGAGCGGCCGGCCUUGCUUCCCGCGUGGGGCAGCGCGGACGGCGGGGAGGCGCCCGGGUUACCUGGCCCACAGCCACCUUUGGUCAUACUGUCAUUGCAACCUUUACAUGAUGGCAGAACCACUUAAUCUUCAACCUAAUGGAGUUGCAGAUGCAGAUCUAAGCAACAGGGUCACAGGAAGUUCUAUGGAAGACAAAACUGGUAGAGAGAACUGCAUAGCUGCAGCUGAUAAAGAAAAUACUGUGUCACAUUCAAACUGGAUUAAUGGGAAGCCAAAGAAAUUGCAGUAUUCCAAGAGUGCUUUUUCUAUUUGCUAUGAUAAGAGUUUCUUGAGUUUGUUAGUACCACCUCCUAAAAGGAGCACUUGCCAUCAUUGUGGCCUCUUUGGAAAGCUCAGAUGUUCACAGUGUCAGCAAACAUACUAUUGCUCUGCAGAUUGUCAGAAAAAAGAUUGGCCAGCACAUAGAGUAGUUUGUGAUCCCAUUAAACAGAAUUUAAAUAAUAGCAAAACCGAGACAGGAGUUUAUCUUAAGGAGAAUGAUGGAAUGAAGGCACUGCCAGCUUUUUUUCCUCAGCUCAUGGGAAAGCACUAUUCACUAACUGGUGUUGAUGUAUUACAGGAGGAAGUGAAGUUGAGUUUUGCUGUAGAUGUUGUUCUUCCAGAUUCUCAAGACUGCCUAAAUAAAGUUCCCUUAGAAAUGAAGUCUCAUUUAACUUCAGGAUAUGAUGCCAAGGGAGACUCUUCAAGAGUAACAGAAAACAAUUCAAAGGGAAGUGAAAAAAAUUUACCCGAGGAUGAGGACCCUCCUCACUGUGCUAAUUCAAUUGCCAAGUUUGUCUCUUUAAGUAUCGGAGAUGAAUUUUCUGGUGUGGUUUCCCACAUCCAAAAUCCAGACACCUUUUUUUGUCAGCGGAUGCAAAAUGCCCGUCAACUUGCUGAGCUUGAAGCAUCUCUUAAUGAAUACUGUGGCAAAUUUCCUGGUAGUCCAUCUUUCCGUCCUGCUGCUGGCAAUGUGUGCUGUGCCCAGUUCACAGAAGACAACCUUUGGUAUCGUGCUGCUGUUACAGCUUAUGCUUCUGAAGACACUGUUUUAGUGGACUAUAUGGAUUAUGGUAAUUCUGACUCUCUUCCACUGACCAGACUUCGUCCUAUAAUUCCAAGCUUAAUGGACUUGCCUGCUCAAGCCAUAAGAUGUAGCCUGGCAGGUGUAAAGCCACCACUAGGAACGUGGACCUCAGAAGAUAUUUCUUACAUGAAAAAACUGGUGAAAGACAAAGUGUUGACAGUAAAAGUAGUGGAUAAAGAGAGUUCUAGAUCUGUGGUGGAGCUUACAGAUGCAUCGGGUACUCCAGCAGUAAAUAUAUCGAGCCUUCUCAUCGAGGAGGGCUGUGCAGCUGAGAAACUGAGCAUGGCCUUACCAGCAGCCAGAGGGAGUGAUGUUGAGCAAGCCAAUGAGGACACAAUGAACAAAAGAACGUGCAAGUGGAUUGAAUUAACUCUUAACCAAACACUCAGUGUCAUAGUGUGUACAGUGUACAAUCCUGGAGAAUUCUACUGUCAGAUUUCAAACAGCCAUGAGUUACUUGCUCUAAAUUCACUUAACAAAUCAUUAUCUGAAUACUGUCAGAAAACACCACCAGAUGUUCUUGAGCCUGAGAAUGGAGACCCUUGCUGUGCUUUUUACACUGAGGAUGGUAACUGGUACCGUGCUGUGGUGCAAAACAUCACUUCAGAUGGAAGUGUUCGAGUGAGCUUUGUGGACUAUGGAAAUUCUGAGGAAGUACCGUUGGAUAAUAUCCGACAGAUCUCACCCUCAUUCCUAAAACUUCCAUUUCAAGCAAUUAAAUGCUGGCUCUCAGGUGUAAAGCCUGGAAAUAGCAAAUGGAAUCCAGAAGCUACAGAAAGAUUUCAUAUGUACACUUCAGGCUUAGAGCUUCAAGCCACAGUAAUUUCCCUUUCUGAAGAUGGGGCAGGUGUAGUACUUACUGACAAAUCCACAGAUUGUCCAAAAAUUAUCAAUGAGAUGCUAACUUCAGAAAAACUGGUAGUAAAAGAAGUUCUACAGGAUAAAAAUAAGUUUCCAAAUAUGUCUGUUGAUCAAAAAGCAGCCUCACUUGGGCACUGGAAGUCAAUUGAAUUGGCUGUAGAUGAAACCAUGUCUGUGUGGGUAACAGAAGUUGUAAGCCCAGACUUGUUCUAUGCUGUACCAGUUCCAAAUAAAGGUCAAAAGGAGCUCCUUAAGGAGCUGAUUUCACUGGAAGACUAUUGUAGAUCUUGUAACAAACAGCCCUUCCAGCCAAAACUCGGUGAAGCCUGUUGUGCUCAGUUUUCAGGUAAUGGCAAUUGGUACAGAGCUGUUGUUCUGGAAGCUUCCCAGUCUGCAGUGAAAGUACUGUAUGGAGAUUAUGGCAGCACAGAAACUUUACCCCUUUCAAAGGUGCUGCCAAUCACUGAUUCCUAUUUAAAGCUGCCUUUUCAGACAAUUACAUGUUCACUUGCAGGAAUACAGAAAGCUGAGUGGUCUCCAUUAGUGCUUGACAAGUUAAAAAAACUAUUACUGAAGCAAUAUGUCACAAUUACAGUGAAAGAGAUUAAUGGAAAUGUUAAUUUAGUAACAGUGGAGAAGCCCUUUGACAAUGGUUAUGUGAAUGUAGCUGACAAACUGCUAAAGGAGGGUUUGGUCAUGGCGUGCAGCGCUGAAAGCUCACAUCCUGAACAUCAAGGUGAUGGAGGUGAGACCAACUGCUGCUGCGCAGAAUUAAAAGUGCAACUUGAAAAGCAUAAACAAGUCCUACUCUUCCUUUUGAACAAGUUUGGGAAUCCAGAUGGAUUCGCUGAUAUGAAAAAUCUGUUGGAGAGCUAAGUCUCUGACGUGCACCAUUUCAUUUGCAUGUCCACCAAGUUGCUGCAGUUCCUUUUUUAGAAGAUCAAGAGCACCAGCUUAAAAAUGAGGGUCACUUUGUAGAAACUGCUGUUGAAGUACCUUCAUUUAUCCUGUAAGCUUGGGUUGUUACUGUGACGCUAGUAUGAAACUUAGAGGGUUGCAAAGCUGCGAGCUAAAAUUUCUGUUCUGUUCUUGUUUUAUGCCACCAUGUGCUACUAAACUUUUUGCUUGUAUUUUCUUGUUGAAUGCACAGAAGUUUGUGGAAUGGUCAUUACAUUGUGAGUCUGUUCUGCAGAUUUGCCUUUAAAAUUAUUGUAAUUGUAAGGCUCGCUUAACUUCAGUACAAUUUAUAUUACUUGAAAAACUGUAUCUUUUUUUGAUUACUCGUCUUUCAGCCUAAUUUCAGGUCUGAAGUUACAUUGAGAUUUGUUCUUCAUUAAUUUGAUUUCAGUAUCAUUAAAGGUUGAAUGUUGUCUUGGACUGCAUACAGUCCAAGUCUCUAAAAUCAGUAAACACUUAACUGUGCAUAGUUCUUUCUUUACACUUAAGGCAUCAAUGCUGUAUAUAAUAUGCAUCUGUGAAUGUUAUUUUGAAAUUAAUUGUAUUGCUGCUGUUUUGUGUGUAGCUACAUUAUCAGGUUUUUUACCCCAUCAAGUUUUCACAUUAUAAUAAAAAAGACCCAUUCUGGGCUGUGACAAAAAUACUGAAUCAAAUUAUUGAGAGAUUUUUCAGUAUUUCUUCAGUUGAAUACCUAGUUGUCAUUUCUGACUAAUUCAGGAAUGUCAGAUUGUUGUUUGUGGAACACAGUAGACAUUGCUGAUUGAAAUUGCAGGGUCAGCUUUUUUGUCCACUUAAAACACAUACUUCAAGUCUGGGCUUUUGCAGAUUGGAAGAGUCUUGAGAUUAAAAAUGUUGCAAAAUAUUUUCCUUUGACUUAAUAUUUCAUUACUCUUAGAUUGCCUCAGAUUUUUUUCCCUGACUCUUAGUUUUUGUUGCAUCCAUAUUCUUGCAGUAACUAAUAAUGAGAUGAACGCUUGCACUUCAAUUUCUGGAGUUCUGUUCAUGCCUCUGGUUCUGAGCCGUGACUGUGGCUUUGCCAGGUGUCCUUUGACUCCCUGGGACCAGAGUGGUUUGCACAAGCCUUUGCCCCCAUGCAGAGCACCUCACUGAUGUUUUAGUACUCCCACAUCUCUUGUUCGCUUGCCCACAUCCUCUUGUCUCCCUGCCCUUAGUGCAUUUCAGGUGAGUUCGGCUGCAGUAGCCAAAAGCAUUUCAUAAUCAGGACAUAGGAAAAGUGAAUCUUUGCUUGUUCUACUUGGAUAAGAAAACAAAACUGGAAAGCAGUGGUUGGUGCUUCACAAAGGCAUGUAAAAA